CACGAGAGACCAUGCAUAUCACUUUUAACCACGAAGUAGAUUACUUGAUCAUCAAAAAUUGCCAUAGCAAUGAAUGAGACAGAUCUCCACGACAUUGCUUUCAUCACGGUGACAAAGCACACAUUACCACUAAUACAAAGCAUUGAUCUUUCCUUACUAGAAUUGCGCAAGAAUGUGUUUCAACCAAGCAUGCAGCUUUUUCUCUAUGUUCUUAAUCUGAAUGCACCAGCAUAUUAAAAGAUAAUGAGCGCAAAGAAAUUAACGUUUCCGUAGCCGUACUAGCAGGAUUUCUCUGUGCAACUCGUUCUGCUCCAUGCGCAGCACCGUUCACGCAAUAUGACGACAUCAAGCAGCCGUCCAGGACCAGGUGGCGUAAGAGUCGACUUGCAGAAUCCGUCUACCUCCUCAUCAUCUCUCCUGCAAAAUUGCAGCAACAAAUCAAAUCCCAUUUACCACUAUUCACCGUCGCAAACCGAGGCUGAGUGGAUCCAUCGCAAGAACAAAAAGUUGAUCGAGGACAUUUUAGCAGACACAGAUGACGAAAUCAGGCUGUCAUUAUCACGACCACGUUCGAAGGGGUCAUCUCCUGUGGAGCCAUCGCCGGAAGAUGACGCCGUUGUAGCUGGAGGAGAUGAGGGAAACGCGCACCACACGAUGGGUGCUGUUGGAGUGAUUAGGAGUCGUGGAGGUUCUGGUAGCAGUGGUGCAACUCCCACUGAAGCUGGUGCAGCGUACCGGACUAGUAGUACCAAAUUACCAGUCCCGCCAGAAACAUCCUCCUCGUCCAGCUCUACUCCUAUAACCGGAGAUGGAGGCAGUUCCUCAAGUUCUUCCCCACUGUUCAACGUCGCUGUCUCGUUGCCAGUUCCGGAUUUGAAUUUUGAGUUUUAUUCCAGCGCAAUAGAGCCUCCACCUCCUUCUAAACCUGCUUCUUCUUCUACGAUCCAACGAGGGCAAGAAGAUGCUCUUGAAGCUGCUUCUAGGAAUAAUAACGAAUCUAGUACAAGAACUAGUUCUAGUCAUGAAGAUCUCGCACCAGCCGCAGCAAGCACUCCGUGUUUUCCUUCUGUCUUCUCAAACCCAAUACUUCGGACCCGAUUGGAGACUGCUAUCAAAUUUGGCGAUGUAGGAGAAGCAGGAGGAGGACAAGGUCCUCCAUCAAGAACAGCCGCGUCAAAUAACUCAAAAGAACAUCUUCAGGGGGAAAUAGAUCUUGCUUCCACGCGUUGCGGCUCGAAAGAAUCUAGUACUCAAGAAGGAGCCUCGACGCGAUGUGCCUCGAAGGAGUCAACAUCUGGUACUGGAGAAGGUCAAUCACGACCUCAGAGGAUAGCGGUGGCUGCAGAGUGGGACAACAAUGUUGAGACUAGGACCAGCACUGGUGCUCUACUACAACUACAGAACAAGAUGAAGCCUGCUGGUUCUGGGUCGUUCAGCAACUCAGUGGCUGAGGAAGUGCACGACCUACGCAACGAAAUCUUAGACACCAUUGUGAACAACAAGAAGAAAAUAGAGGGACAACACGAAGUAGAAGGAGAAAAAAGGAAAAUCGACUUGCUCUCCAGUCCAGUUGCAGCAGCACCACCGUCAACUGCGUCCUCAUCGUGCUUUUAUCUCUCUUCCUCCGCUGCAAAGUGGAUGCAAAACAGCGGUUCUUGUUACCCGGAGGAGUUGGCGGAUCUUGGUAUAACUGGUGUAACAGCUGCUGCGGAGCCUCCGGAGGUACUAGUAGGAGCGGGACGAGGAGGUACUGAUAAGGCGGAGGCGACAAGUGCACUAGGAGGACCAGGCCAUGCAGCAGCAGCUGUACAAAUGCCUCCUUCAUCUCCUGGUGGCGGUUUUAUCAGAAAAGAUAGCCUAGACCAAGAGCCGCGCCAACGUCCAGUGAUGCCUUCUCCUGCCGUCAUUCUAGCUUCACCACCUUCCAGGGUCGUCGAACAAGACCAGUUCUUUGAUUUCGAGGAACAACGUCCUCGGGCGUCACAUAUUAGACCACCAGGUGGCCUACCGGAUCAACAUGAGUGUUCUUCUUCUACAACUGGUGCUAGAAGUAAGAUACCAUUUCAAUUCAACAAGAACCAAACUACUUCCGAAGAGGACCAGGAUUUCGGUUCACCAGCAAAGCGCAAAUUGAAUAGUGCUUUUGACUCGCCUGUGAAGAAAGGUAGACCAGAACCAGAUGCAAGACAACCACAGGAGGAACAACAGCAGCAAGUACACCCGAAGCAAGAGCAAGACACUACACCGACUCGAUGGCGCCUUUUAGAACCUUUCCCUGAACUUCCUGCCAGCCGACAUCUUACUCCACGUUUGAAUGCGAAAAUAACCACGUCCUCACAGACGACGGCGCAGUCACUAGAGAACAACAAUCAACAAGAAGAGACUCAGACGAAGCCUCACACAGCCUCCUCAACGGAGCAGUUAUCUCCUCGCAUCCGAGUUGGUACCUCUCGUGCGUCUGGAAGCCGUGGUGGUCUCAAUACUAGCAGAAGUCAUAUCUUCAACAACAGCCACUGCCACAGUCAGAUCAUCAACAGUAGCCGACUUAGCCAGCAAAACUUCCUUCACAACGCGAAUGCCAGCACGAUGUCUGCAGAAGCACGUCUUGAAGAGGAUCCGGCUUUGCUCGAGCUUGCGCACCCGAAGUUGCUGGAAAAGCUAGAGAAGUCUAACGCCUUGACAGCAAGACUGCAGAAAGACCUAGAACAGAUGCUUGAGAGGUUUUUAGAGCUAGAAAAAGAUACGGAGACGAUCGAAAACGAUAGGGAUCGGCUGCAGCAUCGCUAUAAUCUGCAAGAUCACGAGUUGGAGGUAGUGAAGAGGCGAUUGGGUAGUUUUCGAGGAAAAUUGGAGCGCUUGCAAGAAUCCGCAGAGUAUCACGAAGCGUUGUUGAAGCUGUUGUAUGCAGCGUCACCACCGGAAGUUGCGGACAUGGGUACAACACUGGCGUAUUUUUGAUGACCAUAAUAUCCAUUUUUACUUGUUGCACCAAGAAAGUUUUUAAUUAUCAUCUUUUUUGCAUAUGCUUGAAGCCUAGUACUUGAGUCAUCUUUUGCUCCACCCAGCAUUCGUCCUUCUCUCUUCAGCCGCCAAGCAACCGCAGUUACCUUCACCCGACCACAACGCGAGCAACGGCAUCAAUCUCGCAGCUACAGCUACUGGUAGUCCUCUUUGUGCUUCGCCUAACGACGUCCGAAGGAAUGUUGCCCAAUCAGAAGCGAAAAAACGCGCCGCCUUCAUGAUCCAGUGUCUUCAUCAGCGAAAAGUGCGCUUAAAAUGGUCCUCGAAGUUUGUCAUUGGGAGCUGCAAGUCUUCAGAACGUGGUCCUCUGGCACGCGAUUUCGUCCACCUCCUCCAACAUAAAAAUGGAGAACAAGAAUUAUGGCUCAGCUUUCAAUGGUCAUUGGGGUUGGUCACUGACAUCGAAGAGGCGACCCCUUGAGAGAACAGGGGAAAACGAAGGGAAAGGGGAGGGCUUUGAAGGGGGUCCCUUCCGUUCAGAGUCAUGAUGACCAUUGAAGGCUGAGCUUUAAAAGAAGGAGGCGAUCAUUACUACGACGUCUACGGUGAUGAAGAGGAUGAGAGGAAGAUCAAAGUCCUUUCUCAAGAACUGCUCAAACAGAAGACCGAGAAUGAAAAAAUCAGGAGAAGCUAUAACCACGUCUUAGACGAAGUGUCGAAGCUGAAGGACCAGGUUCAGGAAUUGAAAGGGAAUAUAUUAAGGCUCAGCAUUUUCAUUGGGGUCACCAUUUAGAUUGGUGUAUGGUUCUGGUAUUUGGUAACCUGAAUUUGAUCCUAAGGGUUCUCUUCUUGUUUUCCCUUAUGAUCAAACUCAGGUUACCAAAUACCGGGCCCAUUCAUUCAUUGGGGUUGGUCACUGAGAUCGAAGAGGCGACCCCUUCUUGAGAGAACCAACAGGGGAAAUAAAUGAAGGGAACAAAGGGGAGAGCUUUGAAGGGGGUCCCUUCCGUUCAGAGUCAUGAUGACCAUUGUGAAGGCUGAGCUUUAAAUAUACGGGUCUUUUGUAGGCUGCUGCCCUAUCCGGGAGACAUAGCGGUGCGGCCGAAAGGGAGUCCAGAGAAUUUGGUGGGGAGGGAGAUGAUGGAAGCAGGUAGUACGAUUAUUCAGUCAACCAAGAUUUCCAUUGUGUGGAAGUUCUUGAAUAUUUUUGAUAAUGCACCUGAUUUCUGAUACAACUGAUUCCGCAAUGAUGUUGUUGAAACAAAUAGAAAGACAAAUAAAUAUUCGAUACAAGAACUUUGCCUCUCACCAUCAACUCCCACGACAGGUAACCCACCCGACCAAGAACAAGCCACUUCUUCCUCGAGCAACAUUCCCGGGAUCGCUACUUCCUCAACCCGUACAUCUGGUCCACCUUCCAGAAGCACCUCCACAAGGACCAACUCGACCGCAAGGGUUUCCUCUCUGAUCCUUCGCUCCUCUGAGAAUUUUGGUGGGAGAGAAGUGGAGUUUUCCUUCGACCGCAUUUUCACGAUGAACGAUAGGCAACAAACGGUUUAUGAGGAAGUUGGGCCUCUGUUGGAUGCGAUCUCCAGAGGGUUUCACUUGGCAAUAUUUGCCUAUGGGCAAACGGGAUCCGGAAAAACGUACACUCUGGAUGGAACGGCGCAAGAACCUGGGAUUUUGAGGAGUGCAGUUCAGGAUUUGCUGCUGUUGUUAUGGUUCUUCAAGGUCAUCAGAUUUGGAACUUGUGAAGCUACAAGACCUGAAGAUUCUUUGAUUCUUAAUCUUGUUCAUAAGGAUCAGUACAACGUCCUGCUGAUCCUUCUAAUCAUCGCAGAAAACAAGACCGCGAACUCUGGCUCUGCGCCGUCUUCAUCUGGUGCAGGCAAUCCCAGGGAUAAUUCAUCUUCCGGAACAAAUUCGACUACUUGUAAGUACACUCUCGUGAUGUCCGUCGUUGAGAUUUACAACGAAAACGUGAGGGAUCUGCUUCAAUCCAACACUCUAGAGGAGGAAAAUAUCUGGCGGAUUGCUGCCGAAAACAAUGGGGGAGGCGACACUUCCAGUAUGAGUGCUGGAAUGCCCUUAACAAGAGAUAUCACGCCAAUCUCUGCUAGAGGAUCUGACGCCGGUUCUUUUGCGCCAGUGUCUAGGGUGUCUCCUAGAAAAGCACAAUAUCAGGGUGUUUCUCCGAGAAAAUCCUCUGCGGGUGUUAGUCCAAGAAAACCGCGUGGAUUGGUGGAUUACUAUGGCGGUGGCGGCAGUGGUGCUGGCGUCGUCGCCUCUUCAUCCGGAAGUAGGGAUCGGACACCAACAAGGGGCGGUGGUGGUGGGGGAUCCUUUCCAUCGACUGCUUCGCGUGGUGGAUUUGUGAACUUACAAAACCAGAUCCAAGCAAAUCACAACUUUUCAACCAACGUAGCCAAUGGGAACAACAAUAACAAUAACAACAUGAAUCAAUCUUUCCAAUCACAAAACAGCGGACCACACGGAGGCACAGCAUCAGCAUCUAGUAGUCGAAGAUCCAGUUUCCACGCGGGACAAAAUCUCGAAGUCAGAGGUUGCUGCGAAAGCGAUUCUUGGAAUAGUACCCACCAAUCAGAACAAGCGCGAAACUUUAGUUCCUCGCUUUUUGGUGGCAUUUACGUGGAUGGCUUGACCACGAAGGUGAUCUCAUCGUGGGCUGACGCAGAAGCGAUCUUAAAUAGAGCAAAACAGACUCGCGUGACUGCGGGAACCGCGUUGAACGACGUGAGCUCGCGCAGCCACUGCAUCUACUCGAUCGGGAUGCUGCGGACGGGAGGCGGAGGAGGCAAGGGGAAGAAUGCGGGUGCUGGAGGGGCAGGUAGUGGACGAGAAUGCUAUAAUAAAAAUAUCAUCGAGUGAUCCUGUUCCUGAUAGUUGCUAGUACAAGGACAACUUUCAACACAUACCCUCUGAAAGUCUCCUUCUCCUAUAGUACAUCAAAACCAUUCCUCUAGUACGUCAAAACCAUUCCUCUAGUACGUCAAAACCAUUCCUCCAAGGUUACGUCGGUGCUCUGCAUGUGAUCGAUUUAGCGGGAUCGGAGAGGACAAAGAUAAGCCGCGCCGAAGGCCAACGGUUGACAGAAGCAAAACAAAUAAACAAAUCCCUAUCUGCUCUAGGCGAUACCCUCUUCGCUUUGGAAGCAAAACAAGCGCAUAUACCGUACUUCCUUUAAGUGGUCUUGUUUCUUUGUCGUAUCAAAAGAAUAGUAGUCCGCUCUUUCAUGCUUUAUUUCAUCUCUAGCAAUAACAUCAACCUGUUGAAUGAUCAUAUUCUUGAGACUCAUCCUCAUGUUCUUGUGGAUCAUCAUCUCCUCCUCACUCCCCCUCCCGCAUCACCCCAUCACAGGUUCCGAAACAGCAAGUUAUCUUACCUCCUAUCGGACGUUUUGUCCCAGUCCUGGUCUAAAGUGCUGCUUUUCGCGACAGUCCAUCCAGGAAGCGAGAAUGUGAAUGAAAGCUUCUCAACUCUCUCCUUCGCAAGGCGGAUAGGAAACAUUGAGAAGGGAAGGCUGAGGGGAAGAGGGGAUUGAAUUUGAUGUUGAAGAUGCUCAUCAUCGAAAGUGCAAAUCAUGGUAUUCUUGGUAAAAAAUGAUCGCAAGGUCGUUAAGUAGAACUCAAUCUUCAGUUAAAUACAACUUGUAGAUCUUCUACUCUACCAGCUCUAGUACGUCGUGGACGGUACAUUAUAUAUUUAUAAUGUAUGACCGCUCUAGUACGUGGAUACAUUAUAAUGAGGAAAAUCUCCUAAGUCAAAUCAGCUGCGAAUGCGAAGACGCGCAUGUGACAUCUUCAUCUUGUUCAAGGUAACCGCUAGGCAUGCGAAUUUUAGCCUCUGGCAAUAGACAGAAUAAGACGGGUAACAAACUAGUAAGAAAAAGAGCACGAAGUAGAC